UCUAUGUACAUAAACAUUGAUAAUAGAUAUACGAAGGGUAAAGACUUGGAAUACUUUAAUAAAUAAUAUAGUAUAAUUGGUGAUUUAUUAGUGAUAUAAAAUCAAUUAAAUUUUAACAAUGUCUACUCAUGAUUCUGGCGAUGAACAAAGCGAAGAUGGUGAAUUAAGACAGAGUCCUAUUGAUGGUAAACAUAUUAAGAAUGAUGUUAUGGACUUCAGUAGUUUGUCAGAAGAAGAUGGAGAGGCAGCCGAUUCAUUGGAUAUAAAGCCUCCUCAAGCACGCGUACAACUUUCGAGUAGGAAACGCAGGGAUCAUGAAGGUAGACAUAAAAGGGAUAGGCAUAGAGAAGAACGAAGUCAUUCUUACAGAGAAAAGCAUCAUAGAGAGAAGCAUUUACGUUCAGCUAAAGAAAGAGAAUCUUACCACAGAGAAAAAGAGAGGUAUUAUAGAGAAAAACAAAAUUAUGAGAACUAUUUGGAGAUGCAAUAUGCAACUGAGAGAGGUUAUCGUGAACGUAAAGAUGAACGUUCCAAUAGACAUCCUGAAACCCGAAAAUAUGAUGAAAAGAAAACUAAGGAGAAAGAGCAACGUCAUGUAGGGAGAGAAAGUGAAAAACAUAGACGAGAGAGACAUGGGGAAGAGAGGAAAGUUAAAUCAGCUGGUGAUAGAGCUUUAGAAGAUCUUAGAGAAAGGUUACUUAGUAAGAGAUCAAAAGCAGAAGAUGAAUAUAAAACAGAAAAGGAUUCUCAUAAAGAUAAGAGCAAACAAAAGGACAGUGAAAAUAUUGAAACUGCAUUACAAGGGGAAGCAGGCAUGUAUGUCAAAGAAAUAAUUAAUUUUAGUACUGAUGAGAAAAGACACAAGAAAGAUGAGAAACACAAAGAAGAAGAUAAAUUAACAGAAGAAGAGAGAGCAGAACAAGAAAUGAGAAGGGUUAAACUUCUAGAAGCAGAGCGUGAAAUGGCCCGACAAAAAGAGCAAUCUCGAUUAGAGAGGGAGCGUAGACAUUUAGAGAAAACAAAACGAAAAUUAGAAGAAGAUCUUCACUACAGCAAGAGGAUACGUUCAGAACCAGAUCAGGUUGUAAUGAUUUCCGAUAAUUCUGAAGAUGAGGAGGAAGAAGAAAUGGAAACUGAGUAUGUUGAAGAUGAGGACGACGAAAAGAGCGUUAAAAGUGCGUGCAGUGAUGUUGGGAGCUCAAGUGCACGAUCUCAAAAUAGCGAAAUGUCCGAGAAAAGUCGUUCUCGCAGUCGUACUCAAACUCCUAGUCGAAGUAGGAGUAGAAGCCGAUCCUCAAGAGAAGAUUCGGCCCCUUCAGAUCGUCGAUCACUCAGCCGAAGCGUAAGCCGAGAAAGGUCGGCAUCCACAUCUCCAAAAAGUAAUGGUAAAACCGACGUGAAAGUGUCUGAUACAGAAGAAGAACCAAAGGACGAAGAAAAGAAAAAGAUUGAUUUCGACGAUGAUCUGCCCCCUUAUUAUCCCGCCCUACAGGGCUGUAGAUCAGUUGAAGAGUUUCAGUGUUUGAAUCGUAUUGAAGAAGGCACUUAUGGAGUUGUGUAUAGAGCCCGUGACAAACGAACAGAAGAAAUAGUUGCCCUAAAAAGAUUAAAAAUGGAAAAAGAAAAAGAAGGCUUUCCCAUUACUUCUUUAAGAGAAAUAAAUACACUACUUAAGGGACAACACCCGAAUAUUGUAACCGUUAGAGAAAUCGUAGUGGGCAGUAAUAUGGACAAAAUUUUCAUUGUCAUGGACUAUGUCGAGCAUGAUUUAAAGUCUUUGAUGGAAACCAUGAGGCAUAAGAAACAAAGUUUUACUCCAGGAGAGGUUAAAUGUUUGCUCAAACAAUUGUUAUCAGCAGUAUCUCACUUACAUGACAACUGGAUUUUACACAGAGACUUGAAAACGUCGAACCUUUUAUUGUCCCAUAAAGGGAUCCUUAAGGUGGGCGACUUUGGGCUGGCAAGAGAAUAUGGAUCGCCGCUGAAACAGUACACGCCCAUUGUAGUUACUUUGUGGUAUCGGGCGCCCGAGUUACUCCUUUGUACUAAAGAGUAUUCCACACCAAUCGACAUGUGGUCUGUAGGGUGUAUCUUUGGCGAGUUGCUUUCAAUGAAUGCAAUUUUCCCUGGAAAAUCAGAAGUAGAUCAACUUAAUAGAAUUUUUAAGGAUUUGGGGACUCCCAAUGAAAAAAUUUGGCCGGGCUUCAACAAACUACCUGCGGUUCAGAAGAUGAAGUUCACGGAAUACCCUGUGUCAAACCUGAGGACUCGGUUUCAUAUGCUUUCAGAAUUAGGACAAGCAUUGUUACAGCGAUUUCUUACUUAUGAUCCUGUCCAAAGAGUAACUGCAGAAGAUGCUCUUCAGCAUUCUUGGUUCACAGAGACUCCACUUCCCAUCGAUCCUUCUAUGUUCCCAACAUGGCCUGCAAAGAGUGAAUUAGGGCAUCGGCGAGCACUUGCCGCCAGUCCUAAGCCUCCGUCGGGUGGACGAGAAUUUAAAGAGCUGGGAGGAGACGGAGAAGAUAGUUUAGGCUUUCGAAUUAGUGGAACAGUUAUCGAAAAUAGACGAAUGCCAAUGGGAGGAGGUUUUAGCUUGAAGUUUUAAGCAGUUAUAUUUUGUAUUGUAAAUAGAAAAUAUUGUACUAUAACAUUAAUAACAUUAAUUAAAUAUUAAAUUAGCACAA